AUGUUUUCACAAUGUCAAAACCUGCAGCAUCUACGAGCUUCUGCUAUUAAAGUCAUACAACGAUACUUAUCACGAAGGAAGCCGAAGCAAUUGAUCAAUUCUCAAAAAUCAAAAACCCUCGAUGCCAAACCAACAGAGAAAAAGUCGAAGCUUUUUGCUUUUGGAAACUUCUCUGCAUUGCACAAGCCCGAAAAGGGCCAUUUGGAGAGGUCGGAGAAUGCAAUCGAGCAGAUUGAAUCUUUUGAUUCGCUACGAAUCUUUCCCACGGUCAGAAGUGCCAUGGUCAAGGAGAUCAAGGAGAAGUACAAUCUCAAAAACACAUAUAUUGAGGGUAAAGAACAACUUGAUAUCCGGCCAUCCCCGGUACAAAUCGCUGCAAUCAAAAGAAUCAACCAGGCUAGAAAGACUAAGCCUCGGGAUAAGGCUCAGCAGUCGAUUGUUUCUGACUUGAUGAAGGAGAACGAGCAAAGCAGACUCAAAGUUUUCACGGUUGCCGCAGAGACCGGUUCUGGUAAAACUUGGGCUUAUUUGGCUUCUGUAUUCUCGAAGUUGAAGGAGGACGAUAAGGCCUUGUUCGACCAGGGUGAACACUUUUUAGAAGAGGCAAAGAAGCAGGAAAUCAUAAGAUCUGUAAUCCUUCUUCCUACUCACGAGUUAGUGGAUCAGGUACACGAGACAGCAUUCAGAGGAGCAAAAAUUCCGCUUGAUAUUGAGACUGAUGUUAGCGAAAAAGUCAGACGCUCAGCUGAGUACAAGGCGUUUUUUCUGCAACCAGAGAAUCAAAAGAACUUGGAUCUCAAAGUGGUCAAGUGGAGUUCUGGAGAUUCACAUCAAAAGCUCUUCAAAAUUGCCAAGGAAGGCCGAAUUGAUGUUCUCAUUACUACGCCAUCGAAGAUUCAAGGUCUCGCCAAGUUGGAGAACAUUCCUCGCCCAUAUCGCUUUUUCAGUGGUGUCGAGUAUUGUGUAAUCGACGAAGCAGACACUUUGAUGGACAAGCUGUGGGUUCUUGAUACCAAGGGAACAUUACAGCGGUUCCCGAAACUCAAGGACUUAAUCAUGUGCUCUGCUACUAUUCCAAAGGAAUUCAACCGGACAAUCAACAGCAUGUUCAAAGAUGAAAAUUCUGUGGUGAGAAUUGUGACACCACUGAUUCACAAAAUUCCCAAACAGAUUGUUGUCAAGGUCAUCGAUGCACAGCAGCCUCCAUAUCACGGCUCCAAGACCAGGUGCUUGGCACAGGCAUUGUACGCCAUCCACAACGACGGUACCGAACAAGGCUACGUCAAAAGAAUUGUUGUGUUUGUCAACGAGAAGAAAGAUGUUGAGCCUUUGGUGGAUACCAUUGUCAGUAAGUACGGCCAUCGGGAUUGUGAUAUCAUUGGAGUUACUGGCAAGGAUUCAGCAGAUGAAAGAGCCGCAAAGAUAGCGCCUUUUGUCAAACCGGCUAUCCCGCAGGAAGAGGAUCCUGACGGAAGCUCCGUUAAGGUCCUCGUGACGACAGACUUGUUAGCCAGAGGUUUGAACUUCUCAGGCAUCAAGAAUGUCAUUUUGAUGGAUCUUCCAAGAACAUCGGUUGAUUUGAUACAUCGUGUGGGCAGAACAGGAAGAAUGAGGCAAUCCGGUAGAGUGUUUGUCAUCAUCGAUAAAAAGACUAGAAAGUCAUGGAUCAAGGGGUUGCCACGGGCAAUCAAACAUGGCAUGACUAUUGGUUGA